UACUACCGUUUGUGCGAGUUUGUCGGGUGUGUUUGUUCAUAAUGUACCAUCGUUAGAUUUCCCAGAUAUAUUUGUGCACAAAAAGAAAGAUGACAGAUAUUAUCUGCAAUAGUGGCAUUGUAUCCGCUUAAUUGUGUUUAUUAUUCGCGAUGACUACAAGCACGAGAUCUGCUAACGUAGGCUUGAAGCCGAUCGAAGUGUCAAAGGCUUUGCAAGAGGGAGAAAAAUUCAUAAAAUGGGAUGAGGAUUCUGGAAAUGGUUUACCAGUCACUCUUCGUGUGGACCCUAAAGGUUUCUUCCUAUUCUGGACUGAUCAAAAUUUAGAAGUGGAAAUGCUGGACAUUGCUACUAUUAGAGAUGUGAGAACAGGUGUUCAUGCCAAAGUCCCUAAAGAUCCGAAGAUUCGAAAUUUAGUGCUGAUCGGCUCACAAGGUUCAUUAGAAGAGAAGACUGUCACCGUAUGCUAUGGAGCUGACUUCGUCAACGUUACUUUCAUAAAUUUCUGCUGCACCAGGAAAGAAAUUGCCCAAAUGUGGACCGAGGAGCUAUUCGAGCUGGCGCACAAUCCGUAUCAACUAAACAAUCCCACCAUCAAGUUCCUAGAAAAACUACACACGAAGAUAAUUCUCAAGGCUGACAAAUCUGGGAAGAUACUCGUCAAAAACAUCGUCAGGUUAUUUGCUCAAAACAAAGAAGACAAGAAACGCGUGGAGAAGGCUCUGAGCGAGUCAGGCCUGCCCACCGGCAAGAACGACACCAUUAGUCAUUCCAAAUUCCAGUUUGAAGACUUUUUUGCCUUCUACAAAAGCCUCACACAGCGUACCGAAGUACAGAAGAUAUUUAACAGCCUAACGGACGGUAAACCCCAUCUCAGUGCUACUCAACUCGUGGAUUUCCUUAAUGAGGUGCAGCGUGACCCACGUCUAAAUGAGAUACUACAUCCAUACGCCGACUUACAGCGGGCAAAAGACCUUAUCAAGGCAUAUGAACACAACAAAUACCACCAACAGCGGUCACAACUCACAUUUGAUGGCUUUUUAAGGUUUCUAAUGUCAGAAGACAAUCCAAUAGUGCCAUUGAGGAAGUUAGAUCUCUGCGACGACAUGGACCAGCCUUUAGCUCAUUACUUCAUCAACAGCUCUCACAACACGUAUCUGACUGGACAUCAGAUCACAGGAAAAUCAAGUGUGGAGAUAUACAGGCAGAGUCUUCUCGCUGGCUGUAGAUGUGUGGAGUUGGACUUCUGGAAUGGACGCACCGAAGAGCCUGUCAUAGUCCACGGGUACACUUUUGUGCCUGAGAUCAGCGCUAAAGAGGUGUUGGAGGCGAUCGCUGAAAGCGCUUUUAAGACAUCGGACUAUCCAGUCAUAUUGAGCUUCGAAAAUCAUUGCAACCCGCGCCAGCAAGCGAAGAUAGCGAACUAUUGUAGGGAGAUUUUUGGAGAGAUGCUGCUGGAUAAACCUUUGGAGACGCAUCAACUUGAACCAGGAGGAGAGCUGCCACCGCCAUCCUUGUUGCGGCACAAGAUAAUAAUAAAGAAUAAGAAGAAGCAUCACCACCAUCAUAAGAAGGAAGAGUCGAUAGCGUCUGAGGAAUCAGAGUCGCGCCCUGAGCAACCAGUCGUGCAGGGCAACGGGGAAAUAACACAUUCCACGCUGGUGCGGCAGGGGUCGAAGGAGUCGACGUCGUCGGAGUCGGAGAGCUCGUCGGGCGAGGAGGAGGCGGCGGGGCCCGCGGGGGGUGCGGGCGGUGCGGCGGGCGCGGCGGGCGCGGGCGGGGGCGCGGCGGCGGCCGACGACGCGCGGGAGACGCACGCCGCCGCCGAGAUCUCCGCGCUCGUCAACUACGUGCAGCCCGUGCACUUCAGCUCCUUCGAGAGCGCCGAGAAAAAGAACCGUUUCUACGAGAUGUCAUCGUUCGAUGAGAAGCAAGCCACCACUUUACUGAAGGAGAGACCAAUAGAGUUCGUGAACUACAACAAACAUCAGUUGUCGCGCGUUUACCCGGCGGGGACACGAUUCGAUUCUUCCAACUUUAUGCCACAGGUGUUCUGGAACGCUGGGUGCCAGUUGGUCGCGCUCAACUUCCAGACGUUAGACCUGGCGAUGCAGCUCAACCUGGGCACUUUUGAAUAUAAUCGGCGCUGCGGAUACUUACUGAAGCCGGAAUUCAUGCGACGGAAGGACCGGCGGCUGGAUCCGUUCGCCGAGAGCACUGUGGACGGCAUCAUCGCGGGCUCGCUGUCGGUGACGGUGCUGUCGGGGCAGCUGCUGACGGACAAGCGCUGCGGGACCUACGUGGAGGUGGACAUGUUCGGGCUGCCAGCAGACACCGUCCGCAAGAAGUUCCGCACCAGGGUCGCGCCCAACAACGGCAUCAACCCCGUCUACGGGGAGGAGCCGUUUGUCUUCAAAAAGGUGGUGCUGCCGAAGCUGGCGAUGCUGCGUAUCGCGGCGCACGAAGAGGGCGGGCGGCUGGUGGGGCAGCGCGUGGUGCCGGUGGGCGCGCUGUGUCCCGGCUACAGGCAUCUCAACCUGCGCACAGACCUCGGCCUGCCGCUGCCCGCCUCGCUGCUACUACUCGUCGUUGUCAAGGACUACGUGCCAGAUCGGCUUUCUGAGUUGGCGGAAGCGCUGGCAAAUCCCAUCAAGUAUCAGAGCGAGCUGGACAAGCGAGAGCAUCAACUGGCGGUCCUUACAGAGGAUACGGAUGUACCACCGCCCACUGCUAUCACCGCUACUGUCACUGCCACCACCGAUGCACGCCCCACAGGCACCAUGCCCAUCAGACACGAGAGCACGUCUGACGGUAGCCCAAGCAAGCUGACGGUAGCUGUUGUGGAGACGAAAAAACUAAUAGAGAGCGAAUCGUCGACGGCCAUGCCGUCACCGCCGCCAGUCAACGACAAGGAGGAUCAGUCGGAUAACAAGUCAAACGGCGGAUCGGACGACACAAUGUCUGAAAACCUGGAGAGUCUGCUGUCAAGUGAGAUGGUCCGUAAGAAGCGCGCAGAGUUAGCUCGCAAGUUGGACGCACUCCGGCGCAAGCACGACAAGGACAAGCGACCCACAUCCGCUAAGUUCUACGUCAGCAACAAACUCGUCAAGAAACUCUCCUCCAAGAAUAUGUACGGCGGCGGUGCGAGCGGAGAGGCGGGCGCGGGCGCGGGCGCGGGAGCGGGCGCGGGCGCGGAGGAGGCGGCGGGCGGCGAGGCGGGCGCGGAGCGCGAGCUGCGGCUGCGGUACCACCACGCCAUCUACGCCGCGCUAGAGAAGCACGUGCGCGGCGACCAGCACCACCAGAUGAAGGCGCUCACAGACUCAUUAGAACUGGAGAAGAAAGAGAUAUUGAAUAAGCUUGCGUGUUCGCGAAAAGAAGAUGUAAAAGCACUUGCCAAAAAGACUAACAGGGAUAAAGAUGAAAUACUUAGGAUAAAGAGGGAAAUACAUUCUCAAUCUGUGGAGCGCGGUGUCGCCGAGUGCUCACGACUGGAGCAGGCGUACGCGCGGAGACGAGAGACGCUCGCGCGCAGACACGAGCGACUGCGGGCGCUGCUGCAGAAACACAGGGACCAGGAGCUUUUAGAGUUAGAACGUCUGUGUGGCGGCGCGCCCGAAGGUUAA